UUUUCAAUGCAUCCAUAGCCUGCUCGACUAUCGAUGUAUCGAUACUUUUAACCAUCCCUACUGUGAACAGAACGAUUGUUGAAAUGAAAACAACUGAAAUAAGAUGAGUUAAAUUAAAUUAAAGCUACAGUACCACGGAUUACGAAAAAGAACGCAUAGUUCAAGUUAAUGACAUUACGGUGCGAUCGGAAGUGGCAGAUAUACGCUGGUCCCAGCUAUGUGGAAAAUUCCCGGUCAAUGUCGGUAGUUAAGUUAACGCUGCGCCGCCACAGAACAUCCUUUUAACCCACUGAGAGAAAAGGCGUCUGGAUGCACCGCAGCACGGCGAUUAAAUGGAAUUACAAAUCGAAGGGUUAAGGUUUGUGCGAAAAGCAAAAUAAGGAGCGGAAAAAAACUCGCACACACGUACGUUGCGUAUUGCUUCGGUGCGCGUGUGUGUGUGUGUUUAGCAGUGCGUGCUUGUGUGUGCGGACGGCGGCUGCAUGGGUGUGUGUGUAUAAUCAUGUGAAAAAUCGAUUGGCAGCGCAGAAGCAGCGCGGCGGCGGCGCCAAUUGUCACUGACUCGCAAGAAGAAGCACGCUUUUAUGAAAACGCACGAAAAAUUUUAAUGGCAAAAUACGAACGGUAAUAAAGCGCAUACUUUUAAAAAUGGAGAAGAAGAAUACCACACACAGCCAAAAAGGGAACGAAAGAAAUGCCCGAGGACCACAAUAACAAUAGCGGAGCGAUCGCCGCAAAAAUAGAGUGCGAGAGAGAAACGGCGCCAGCACACACAUAUUCUUUAUAUAACUACUAGUAAGCAAAAAGCGAAACAAAACAAACACAAAGAGGAAUCGCCAAGGAGCAGCGGACGAAAAAAAGAGCGGGAGACGGCCCAGAGCGUACGAAAGAGAGGGGGCGAGCUAGAGCGCGGCCCCUAGAUGUUAUCGAAACAAUCGGAAGGACUGCGCUCAUCCUUUCGAUAACCAACCCGUCUAUAUACAUAUAUAUAUAUAUAUCUAUAUAUAUACAUAAUAAACAGUACACUUUUGGAGCCCCGAUAGACGACAAUUUCGAUUGUUGUUGCCCCCGGCUUUUGACCAAGAAUGGAACCAGAUCCCAAUGGGAUAAAAAUAGAGCCCUCACUUGAUCAGCAGCAGUACGCCACCCAUGUGCUGGCCAUCAAUGGCUCCAAUGCCCGCCUGCUCAUCGAGCAUCCCUCAGCUUUGUUGGUACCACUCUCCUCGCAUCACCAGCUGCAAUUGCAGCAGCAGCAACAACAGCAGCAGCAGCAGCACGUGCAGCAGCAACAUCAACAACAGCAGCAUCAGCAACAACAGCAACAGUUCCAGCAGCAACAGCAACAUCUUCACCAGCAGCAACAGGAUCAACUGCAGUUCCAGCAACAGCAUCUCCAGCUUUAUUCACACGCACCACUGAAGCAACAGCAAUUGCAGCAGCAGCAAUCGCAACAGCAGCAGCAAUCCCAACAGCCACCCACUCCAUUGGGACCCACCAGCAGUGCCAGUUCCGCAUCCAUAACAGGUGCCUCCACCACUGGCCACCAGCAGAGGUGGAACGAGAGCUCUGAGGCACGCCAGCGCCGUCUGGCCAGAAAUGCUGAAAGGAUGCGGGAACGCCGGCAGCGCGAGAGCGAGGAGGAGUAUCGCAAGCGACUACUCCGAAAUGCAGAAGCCAAUCGCCAGAGACGCCAGAAUGAAUCCGACAUAGAGCGAGCCAUGCGGCUAGUGAGGAAUGCGGCCAGGCAACGGCUACGCCGGGCCAUGGAGUCGCCGGACCAGAGGGCCAAACGCUUGGCCAAAUUGGCCGAAAGGAUGCGCAUGUAUCGCGCCAGCGAGACGAACGAUCAGCGGAAGCUCCGGCUGGCGGAAAUGGCGGCAAGGGCGCGCCAAAGGAUCGCCAAUGAGUCACCGGAGGAGCGGAAGGAAAGACUGAGAAAGCUGAACGAUUAUGCCAAAAAGGUCAGAGAAAAGAAGAAGGUACUGAAGCAUGUUGUGGUGCACGGUGGUUCGUCGUCGGUGGUCGUCUCAACGCCGACAUCCUCCUCGUCGUCAACGGACCAGCAGCACCACCACCAGCAGCAGCAGCAGCAACAGCAGCAACAACAGCAGCAGCAACAACAGCAGCAGGUGCUGGCUGUUGCAGCAGCAGCCGCAGCAGCGGCGGCAGCCAAUUGUACUAACGAACACACUAUCAAUCUAAACCAGGCGACCACCACAGCGACGACGACGACAACGGACGAGGCAGGCACCCCGCAGCCCGCGGAGGAUCAGCAGCAUCUGGUGACAGCAGCCGCCUAUCAGCAACACCAGGCCCUGGCCGGAGUGGAGUAUAUGGGACAGGGCAUGUUUCUGGCGCCCGGCUCCCUGCGUCCACCCAUGCAACUGAAGCAGGAGCCACAGACGCCGCAGCAGCAGCAGAUCACACAGCAGCAGCUGCAGCAGCAGCAUCAGCGAUACACCAUCACCGGGCAGCAGCAGCAACAGGUUACGGCUGCUCUACUCGAGGGCACCGAGCCGGGCAGCAUCUUUGUGCAGCAGAUCUAUGGCGAUGAGGGUGGCAAGGGCACCGCAAAGCUGCUCCAGGCCCAUGUGCCGCACUUCAGCAUCGCCGGUGGCCAGCUGGAACUCUACCCGCACAAAUAUGCCGCCAAGAAGCAGGAACUUCAGUCGGACAACGAUGCUCCGGUGUCAGCGGGCGGCAAUGAUAACAGCGGGUCUGUUAGCCUCGGCCACAACGAGACCAAGGUGAUCGUGACGACGGCCAGCGGGGAGCAGAAGCUGCUCAAGGCGACGCCCGGCCAGGCGCAGCAGCUGUAUAACCAAUUCCCCUACCUGGCCACCUUCCCUAACACCACCAGCAGCGGCAACAGCACCACCAAUGUCGGCCACGUGGGCGUGGUGACGGCGGGUACAACAACGGGCGCCGGCGGCACAACCACCACAGCCUACUAUCCAAUGUACCACAAUGGCUUCCAGAUUGGCAUCGGGCCGAAUGCAGUGCCGCCGCCGUUUACACCCGUCAACUUUGCCAACGCCAGUGGUGGCAAUAGUCCCGGCCAGUACAACAUACUGGCGGCGAAUCCCACGCUAACGGUCACUGGAUUGGGACAGCAGGAGCAACAGCAGACAGGGGCAUCGUCCGCGGCGGCGCCACAGAUUGUGACCACACCUGUGGGCAGGGGCAGGCCGCGAAAGAAUCCGCUGCCCAGCGAGGAGCAGCUUAAGGUGAACAGCCUGCUGGAGCAGGAGCUCAAUCAGAUGCUGUCCGCACCGCAGCUGGCCACCAGUACGCCGCGUCGCGGCAGGCCACUGUCGCAGACAUCCCAGCAUCAUCAUCAGGAGCUCAGCCAGAUUCAUGUACAUUCCACGGCCGAUGGCGACAGUCGAACGCCAGUGUUGACGCCGCGACGCAGCGGUGCUAACAAAUACGAGACGGAGGAGGAAAAGCGAAUACGUCUGGACAAGAUGGCCGCACACCAGCGAGCGGUGCGUGCCAAUGAGACGCCCGAGCAGCGAGCCACGCGUCUACAGAAGCUGAGCGAACGGGCACGGCUGAAGCGGGCCCAGAUCCGAGCCACCGAGAAUACGGACGAGCGCAAGGAGCGCCUGUCCAAGCAGGCGGAAUAUGCGCGAAUGCGACGCAUGCGCAGCCACACGCCGCGCAGCAGCAGCGCCACCAGCAACGAGUUCCGUGCCAAAACCGAGGAAGAAGAUGAGUGCCAGGACGACGACACCAGUGCCGAGCAUCAUAUGUACGAGAGUGAAGCUGUUUCGGUUACGGGCACGGGCAGCGAUGGUGGCUUCGUUUCGGUGGUGAAGGCCGACAACGACGACUCACCAUUGGGCGGUGGCGAUGGCUCCAACGAUCACGAACAGUUGCCGGCGCUGCAAUUGCAGCAGCACGAGCUGCAGCAGAUUGCCGGCAGCCUGCAGCAGCAACAGUUGGUGCAGCAUCCGCAUCACGAGGCGAUUGUGUUGAACCAGCAGCACCGCCUGGUGACCAUCAGUCAGCACCAGCAGCAGCAGCUCCAUCAGCAGCAGCCGCAUCCUGGCUUCAGCAAACUGCAGACGGUCAAGGAUUAUGCCAACGCAUCCGGCGGUGGAGGCGGAGGAGGAGCUGCUGGUUCUGGCGGAGGCAGUGGAACGGGAGCACCCGAAAACAAUGACAUGCUAAAGAUACUCGAGCCAAUCAUUGUGAUGAAGACCAAAUGAGGUUCGCGGAGGCGUCACAGUCGCAGCACCAAUCGCUAGAGGGGAUAUGUAUGGAUGACGUGCUAGCCAGGCCUCCAUUCCCGCCGGGAAAUCAGGCGUUGGACGCACAAACGAUGGAGAUAUCUGCGAACAGUAGGGAUUGUCUAUAGUUAUCAAUAAGAGUAUUUUUUUUUUUAAUCUGUUUUUUAAAGUGUUAAUGUACUUCAAUGGUAGAUUUUGUAAAAAGUCAGAGUAAGCGGAGAUCAAGGAUCAAGUGCAAUACGGAUGCCUGGCAGGCACAAAAGUCCCCCGGAAACCCGGAAAGGAAUCUGAAAUGAAACACUGUGACGCCCCGAAAGCCACUGAAAAUCGAAGUAAUGCAGCUAAAAUAAAAAGAUAAAACUACGAUCGAUGGAGGAGAUCCAACUAAACCUAAUCCAGAAUAUGUAGCGCGUAAACAGAGCACUAAGUAGUUGUAUGUAUUAACUAUUAAUUUUUUAAAUUAGCAAAAAAAAAAAACAAAAAAAAAAACAAAAUAACAAAUAAAUCUAAUAAGAUCAAAACAAAA